AUGCUAAGACAGGACAAAACUAGAACCACACCGAACGAUCACAGCGGCGGAAUGCCUCAGAACAAAGCUCUAGCCCCACUCCGGACCCAGCCCUUUCUAAAGGAGCCGUCCCGCGAUGGAAACACAAUAGUCAUGCUCCCGGACCAAACUGUCGACGAGACAGCCAGGCGAGAGCAGCAAACCGCGACUAUCGCAACAAAGAUUGCCUCCUUCGAGCAGAAGUUCGGAAAGUGA